AUGUUUUUUUUUUUCCUUUAGUGCGCUGUUGGGACCUUUAAGUUUUAGCGUAUGAAAAAUUGCAAGUAUCACCAAAAUCUGUAACCUAAACUUUAAACCACCAGUUUCAAUUGAUCAAAACAGGGCUUCAAAGAGGGAGAGAGAUUGAGAGUGGAGAUAUGAUGGUAGAUACUUUAGUGUUGGAUAUUGAGGGAACAGUAUGUCCCAUUACCUUUGUUAAGGAUAAUUUAUUCCCAUAUUUUAUUGAGAAAUUUCCCACGUUUAUUACAAACAUUGAAUUCCCAUUAUCAUCAACUUUAGAAGAUCCAAUUGUUCAGAUCUUAUCUCAAUUGCCUUCAGACAUCAAGGAAUCAUCGAGUAACAUCAUCAAUCAUUUCAAAGAUUUAGUGGCUAAAGAUAUUAAAGAUCCUAUAUUGAAAUCUUUACAAGGAUUCAUUUGGAAAUUAGGGUAUGAAAAUGGAGAAUUGAAAGCUCCAGUCUAUCCUGAUUCAAUCAAAUUCAUUGAAUCAUACCCUUCAACUACGCAAAAGAUUUAUAUUUAUUCUUCAGGAAGUAUUAAAGCUCAAAUCUUAUUGUUUGCCUAUGUUAAAGAUCCAAAUACUGAUGAUAAAUCCCUUGAUUUAAAUCCUCAAUUAAGUGGUUAUUUCGAUAUAACCACCGCAGGUUAUAAGACUGAAUCAAGUUCAUAUGAGAAAAUCUUACAAGAAAUCAAUAAAGUCAACGAUCCUCAAUCAGUUUUAUUCUUAAGUGAUAAUGUUAAAGAAGUUUCUGCAGCUAUUAAAGCUGGUAUGCAAAGUUAUAUUGUUGAAAGACCAGGUAAUGCACCUUUAACAGAAGAUGAUAGAAAGACUUAUACAGUCAUUAAAAGUUUAGAUGAAUUAAAACUCUAAGUUUUACAAAUUAUAAUUAGCUAAUGUACAUUAAUAUAUUUUUGACAUAAAAAAAAAAACUAAAGUUUUUCUACAUCAGUUAACAAAACAGAUGGCUAAUACAGAUAAAGAAGAUUAUGAUGUUUACAUAUCUCUAAAUAAUAUAUCAGCUGCAAUUUCUUCAUUCUUAUCGCAAGCUAAAUAGACUUGAAUAACCAAAUCUCUUUCAAAUCCUAAUUCACAUAAUCUAUUUAUAGCAUUUU